AAAAAAAAUUAAAAACAAAACUCGCCCCCCCCCCACACAGACAGCGCGCAGCCAUCGAGAGGGACGAGAACGAAGAAGAAGAAGAAGAAGAAGAAGAGGGGGGGAGAAGACACAAGCGAUGCCUGCACCCCGGUCGUCGUCGCCGCCGCCGCCACCGCUAAUGCUGCCGCUGCUCCGCCGCCAGAUGCCGAGCGGCUCCGCGCUGCCCGCCGCCGAGAGCGAGUGAGCGGAGCGGGGAGAGCCCGGAGCCCGGAGCCCGGAGCCCGGGGGAGCUGCAGCAGGCACCGGCCGGGACGGAGCUCCCUCCCAGCAAAAGGGGGACACACUGCACGCUUCAAAGCGGCAGGAAAACAAACAAGAGGCGAACCACGCGCUCUCUGACCAGCGGUUACAGACUGCGGCUUCACUUUUGGGUGUUGAAGACUUAAGAGGGGACAUUUUUAUUCUUUAUUUUUGCAACACCCCUCAGUGACUUAAAAAAAAAUCCAUUUGGAAAAGGGCGAGGAGAAGAAAACAGCGUGCAUUAAAUGUCGUGGAACUGAACUGGAUAUUAUUACCAUCCCACCUCCCCUCUUUCCCUCCCCGACCAUUUUUAACAAUCAUUUUUGGUGCAUUUAAAUAUGAUUGCUUGCUGGCUGACUUUUGCACUUUGGGCAACUUUCUGUGCAGGUCCAGGCCAGGGAGAGACGGAGACCAGGACGUGUGAGUACUACAAUGCCAACCACGAGCUGGAGAAGACCAACAAGAGCGGGGUGGAGCACUGCGAGGGUGAGAAGGACAAGCGGCUUCACUGCUACGCCUCCUGGCGAAACAACUCUGGCUCCAUCGAACUGGUCAAGAAGGGCUGCUGGCUGGACGAUUUCAACUGCUACGACAGGGUGGAGUGCGUGGCGACAGAGGAGAACCCUCACGUAUUCUUCUGCUGCUGUGAAGGCAACUAUUGCAACGACAAGUUUUUCCACUUCCCGGAGAGUGUGCCGGCAGUCGUGUUUGGGCCACCACCGUCCACUCCGUCACUGCUGAACAUCCUAGUGUACGCGCUGCUUCCCAUCACCGGGCUCUCCGUCAUCAUCCUGUUGGCCUUCUGGAUGUACCGCCAUCGCAAGCCUCCGUACGGCCACGUGGACAUGAACGAGGACCCAAGUCUGCCGUCGCCUUCCCCACUGGUGGGCCUAAAGCCUCUGCAGCUACUCGAGAUCAAAGCCAGGGGUCGCUUUGGCUGCGUCUGGAAGGCUCGGCUAAUGAACGACUAUGUGGCUGUAAAGAUCUUCCCCAUCCAGGACAAGCUAUCCUGGCAGAACGAACGGGAUAUCUACACCACGCCCGGCAUGAAGCACGAGAACGUGUUGCGCUACAUCGGAUCUGAAAAGCGAGGCUCGAACCUCGAGACCGAGCUCUGGCUCAUCUCCUCCUUCCAUGAACGGGGCUCCCUGUCGGACUAUCUGAAGGGGAGUGUGCUCAGUUGGAACGAGCUGGGCCACAUCGCUGAGACCAUGUCCUGCGGUCUGGCUUUCCUUCACGAAGAUAUUCCUCGGUACAAGGGGGAAGGGCCAAAGCCUGCCAUUGCCCACAGGGAUUUCAAAAGCAAAAACGUGCUCCUGAAGUCCGAUUUAUCUGCGUGCAUAGCCGACUUUGGGCUGGCCGUCAGGUUCGAACCCGGAAAGCCUCCCGGGGACACACAUGGACAGGUUGGAACACGAAGAUAUAUGGCCCCGGAGGUCCUGGAGGGGGCCAUUAACUUCCAGCGAGAUGCCUUCCUCAGGAUAGACAUGUAUGCCAUGGGGCUGGUGCUCUGGGAAAUGAUCAUGAGGUGUACCGCAGCCGACGGGCCCAUCGACGAGUACACUUUGCCAUUUGAGGAAGAGAUCGGCCAGCACCCGACGUUGGAGGACCUGCAGGAGGUGGUUGUCCACAAGAAGAUGAGGCCUGUCCUGAAAGAAUGCUGGUAUAAGCAUCCGGGGCUGGCGCUGUUCUGCGAGACGAUCGAGGAGUGUUGGGACCACGACGCGGAGGCGCGCCUAUCGGCUGGCUGCGUGGUGGAGCGCAUCGCACAGACGCGCAGGCUGAUCAACGGCACUACCUCCGACGGCCUGGUGAGCCGCGUCUCCACCCUCACCAACGUGGACCUGCCCCCCAAAGAGUCCAGCAUCUGAUCCCACGGCGCCGGAGUCGGACUCACACGACAUAGCUGCUAACCUAACCCGACUUCUGGUCGCUGUUCUCGGAUCCGGAGCUAUUUACCAGCACACACAGACACACACACACAUGACUCUACUGUAUUCGACGGGCAUCUCGAUCCACAAGCAUUCAGAUACCAACCAGUGAAUGCAGCAAAAAAUAAUUACCGCUACCCAAGGUGCAGGUACCUCAGACUUGAGUCCAUUUCAGCCGUGUGAGUGUUUAUUUUUCUUUCUCCACACUCAUUUGUAGCUUUCUCUGUCUUCUCAACAGCAUGUUUGUGACUUUUUUUAAAAAAAAAAUGUUUGCGAAAACCUGUACCACCGGCAAAAACAGGAAGAAAAUGAGAAAAAAAAAACAAAAUGCUGCACCCCAUAGGAGGAAACCUUUUUUGACUGUUACACAUGAUUUUACCUUCCUCAAGGGAUCUAUAUACACACACACACAUACACACACAAACACACUUUCGACGGCGAGCGCUUCAAAGCGGUCUUUUUAACGGGAGAACGGGUGUCCACCGUAACGUACGUGCGCACGCUAUUACGUGAGCGCCAACCCCCCCCCGCACGCUGUUACGUGCACUCGCCCCGCACUGAGGGAGAGGUGGGAAAGGACUCCCCCUGGGAUGUUGGCAUGAGGGGGGUGGGGUCGUGAAGGGAGGAGUGAACAGACUUGACAGCAUUUGGACGAAACAAGUAUAUGUAAGUAGCUCCGAAAGUAAUUCUCAGGU